AUGUCUCCAGCCAAAUUUAAUCUACAAUCGUGGAAUUCCAACAGUUCUAAACUCUCCGCGCUAGCAACCACCGAACAUCUUCAAGAUGCUGACCCUGAAACCAAAGUUCUCGGUUUGCAGUGGAAUGCCAAAGAUGAUGUAUUAAAACUCCAAGAAAAGGGGCUAACUACUACGACAACUAUAGAAAAAGUAACAAAGAGAGACGUACUACGACAAUCGUCCAAAAUAUAUGACCCACUUGGCAUUCUUUCGCCUGUCUCAAUCCGUGCCAAAAUCUUUAUCCAAGAACUCUGGGAACAUGGCUACGACUGGGAUGAACCAUUACCAGACGAAAUGCAAAAUAAAUGGAUUGGACUUUCCAAAAACCUAGAAAGCGCAACCCGCAUUCAGAUUCAACGCAAAUACUUCCCCUUGUUGCCCGUAUGGCCUUCAAACGUAACCUUGCACAUCUUUGUUGACGCCAGUUUCAAAGCGUAUGGUACAGUUGCAUAUCUCGCCUCUGGUCCUCACAGCACAAUGGUCAUGUCUAAGACUCGAGUGGCCCCCUUAAAAAAACUAACUCUACCACAACUAGAAUUAAUGGCAGCUGAUAGCUGGCCACAAUGGGAUCCAAAGACAGUCAUCUUACAAUCUUCUGUCCACGACGAUCCAGAAACUACCCAUGUUACCCCACCACACAGCGAUAAACCACAACCAUCUCCACCUUCACCUUCAAACAGCACUAUCAGACAAGUCAUCGCCCAUACCCAAUUCAGUGAUCUUCAACGACUUAUAAGAACUACAGCAUGGGUGAUUAGAUUUACGAAUGUCCUUCGAAAACGCUCCACGUACAGAAGUCAGACCCUCAACGCAGAUGAAAUCAAUCAUGCAAAAAAUGUUUGGAUACGCGAAAUUCAAAGCAAAGCAUACAGCAGUGAACUCGCCAAUCUACAACAGACCAACGUCCCUCGCGUACCCCUAGUCCGUCAACUUCGCCUAUUUAUCCUUGAGGACAACAUCAUUCGCUGCGGAGGCAGAAUCCAUAAUGCGCCUGUAAAACAUUCUGCCAAAUUCCCAAUCCUUCUCCCUGCAAAUGACCAUCUCACCACCUUAGUUGUCAAUGAUGCACACAAGACAGCAUUACACUCUGGAUUAAACCACACUUUGACUCAUGUCCGCCAACGUUACUGGAUUCCAAAGGCCCGCCAGUUCAUCAAAAAGUUACUUCGCCGCUGUGUAACCUGUCGAAAGGUUAAUGGACAACCGUAUAGAGCUCCUACUCCACCUCCCCUUCCAGCCUUUAGAUUGGUCGAUUCACACCCAUUUACUGUCACAGGAGUAGAUUUCACUGGCGCCAUUUACGUCAAAACCCCACAAGUGUCAGACAAUGCAUCGACAUACCAAUCCGCUGCUGACGAAUUAACACAACUUUUCAAUUCGCCAGAAUUAGAGACCCGACUAAGUUUACGUGGCAUUGUUUGGAAAUUUAUACCAAAACGAGCACCGUGGUACGGCGGAUUCUGGGAAAGAUUGAUUGGAUUGACAAAACUCUCUCUGAAGAAGGUCCUUGGUAGAGCAAACAUCACCCUCGAGGAACUACAAACGAUAUCAACCGAGAUUGAAGCAGUCCUCAACGACCGCCCUUUAACAUACACCUCUUCCGAACUCAGCGACGAGGAUCCACUCACCCCAUCCCACCUACUAUACGGCCGACGAAUCACCACCCUACCCCACUUGCUUUACGACGAUGAUCCCAACGACCCGUCCUACCACCCUGAACCAACCCGUAUCGAAAUUCAAGCAAAAAGGAGGAGUGAUUUGCUGUAA